AUUUCCCUGCGGCAAGAUACGUGGAAGUUGAAACAGUAUCCUGAUGAUUCGUUUUUUCCAAACCCAUGGAUUUAAUUGUUUAUUGUGUAAAAGUAUUCAUUGCUGCUUACAGUUUUAUUCUCCUGGUAGAGUUAUAGGAGUGUUAACUAGAUUGUGAAAAUAUACGGGUAAAGUGUUAUCCUUAAAAUACAAAUAGUUAUUUCUGGUAUGUUUUCAAAAUGUACAAGAAAAGUGAUUUGGUAUAUUUUCUUCCAUUAAUCUUUUAUGAUAAUGUAACAAAAACAUCGUUCUCAGAACUGCAUUGGAUUUAGAAUAAAUCGGUGUUAUGUCAUUUGCAGUGAUGAACUAGUCGUGACGUAAUGUCACUUUUGGAGAACCUUGGAUUUAUAUGUCUUGUUAUUACUGUUGCGACCAUGUUUAUCAGUUUCGUGACGCCAUAUUGGGUAGUGGAUGAUGGUGAUUAUAUCAUGAAACCGGUGCACAAGGGUUUGUUGGCGAAUUGUGAGGAGGACAUGUGUACUUGGAUAUUUAAGGAUGAAAGGAUAAACAGAGAGUUUCCAGCAUGGUUUAAUGCGACGCAGGGCUUGAUGUCAGUGGCUCUGGCCCUUGGACUUAUUGCUCUCCUGGUGGCCACCCUUUCCCUGUGCUGUACGUGCCACAGCUGUAACCCUCAUCAUCCCAUCUGUGGAUUCCUCAUCAUCGCAUCUGUGUCUAUAGCGGUAGCCAUCGUGGUUUUCGGGAUCAAGGCGAAGAAUGAAUGGGACAUCGACUUCCAGAUGGAGCUAAUGUCUAGAGGCCGCUUUGGCUGGUCAUUUUGGACGGCAGUAGGUGCUGCGGCCAGCGCCCUGCUGACUUCUACCAUCUACUGUUGUAUGGACAGAAAGAGACACUAAAUAAAGCAGUUGUAUGGAUCAAGGCGAAACUGUUCCAUCAGCAUUGUUAUUAUGCUCUUCUUCAUAAAACAGGUUACCGUCGCGUCUAAGACUGAUGAGUUUUGAAAUUGAAAAUUUUAUUUUAAAUCCAAAAAUACAUUUACAUCACAACAAAUGUUAUGUAAUGCUAUGCUAUACACUGGAAGAAAAUAACAAAAACGAUUUAUAGGCAUGUAGUACAAAACUAUUUUUAUGAAUCAAAAUUAAUCACCAAUGUACAGAUAAUUUCAACACAUAGCAGCUAGUUCUGGCAGCCAUUAUAUUUAUCUUGUGGUUAAUAUUGUUAUGAGAUAAAACGUCAUGUUUAUAAAUAGAUACCAAUCAGCAUGCACGAAAUGCUACUAGAGUCAUUAUACUCAAGACUACUUAAAUGAAAUGUCACAUGGAACCUUUUCGCUCCCGCUCCCGAUUUAUGAAUCGUCUAGUUAGAUAGUAUGUAUAUUUUACAUUACAGUUUAUUAUUUUGAAUACUGUUCAUCUAUGUCUCAUAUUUACAACUGUAUAUACGUGUGUGUAAGAAAAGUGUUUCAUUUCAUGCUUUAUAUUUCAUUAGCUGUGCAUACAAAGCUAAGAUAGAUAUUAUGCCAAUAAAGAAAUAGUUUUAUAUAUGGCUAUUUAACUAGUCUUCUUCUAAGACACAUUUAAUAUAUUGUACUAUAUAUUUCCACUGGCAUUGUUAUUUUUUAUCUUAACGUGUACAGAAACAUUCGUUGAAUUCCAAAAUAAAAAAUACGAUGCCAAAAAUAUAAAGACGUGCAUAUUAAUGAAAAAAAAUCAAUAUUUUUUUUCAAAUUUUUGGCAUCGUAAUUUUACGAUUGUUCUUAUUGAGAAGUCAAUCCGUUUGAAAACCCGAUGCCAGUGUGUCGAUCUAAUCAACGACUAAGCGAUACAAUAUUAAGUGAAUAUCAUGGAUCAAAUUAAAAGUUUUACUUGUAAAAUCAAAUAAUCAUUGACAAAACUGACAAGUAAAGCUUUUAGUUUCAAAACAUAUAUGAAGAUAUUAUACGAAACGUGCAUCAAAUACAACCAAUCGCACCAGUUAUAUGUGGUAUCAAUUACGUACCAUGGUUAUUAUAUAACAGUAAAAAUGAUUCAUAGAUGGAUUCCAGAUUGCAUUAGUAUGUUUAAGAAGCUAAAGUCCAUGACUAUAUUUCAGGAUGUUCAUGCUCGUAUUAAUCAGUAUCUCAUGUAUGUAUAGUCUAAAACCUUGUAAUACAGUUGAUAAGGAUACCAAUUUAUGUGCGAGCGUGUUACCACCGCCUCCCCCGUUUGCGUCCUUUAUAUUUAUGCAUAUUUAUGCAUAUCCUUACGAAAUAACACUUCAUAUAUUUACCGUGGUAAAGUUGACUGACAAAAUCUCGUUUUUAUGAAUAUGCAUGAGGUAUGGAGACAUACCUUUUUGCAAUGAAAUCGCAUGUUACAUUAAAUAUACUUCAUUAAUCCUAUACUGUCGCUUGUCUCCAUAGGCUAGUAAUUUACGAGGUUAUUAAAAAAAUUGUAGUAAUCUAGUGGAUUGUAUUAAGUUCCAGUUUUCGGCAGAAUAAGUGUGCAAAAUAUUCUUAAAGUGUUUGUGCAUAUGUUCGUUUGGUUCAUUGCGGAACGAAUGCAACUUUCUCCAUUAUUGUUCAUGAUGACGACAUUUUCUUAGCCAAAUCGCCCACGGUACAGAUCGAAGCAUAGCAGAAGUGUAUCGGGGGUACAAGACGAGCAAUGGAAUCCGGCGUCAAAGAUAGUAUUUUUUUUAUUUUGAACGUCUCUUUAACAAAUAAUGCCAAACUUUUAGUUUUUUUCUUUAUUCUUUAAAUGCGGUUUCAGAAUAAAGAUUUCAACUACCUAUCUUUUCAAAAGCAGUUCAACCGACGACAAUGAUCCUUAGGCUAUAUCAAACUAUCUUGCGUAGUUAUGCGGGAGAACAUUUUCGUAUGCGCAGUACCCUAAAGUGUAAUACGAUAUCAAAUAACGCAGUGUGAAUAAUAAAGUUUUCUUUUUUCCGGUUUUAAUAUCUAUGAUUAAAUCAAGCAAUAUUUAAGACGGAAAUAUAACGGGAAAAAUACCUAUGUGUUUCUGAUGGAGAUGAUAAGCAAUUUCGUAGUUUACCAACAAAAAGUGUCAAUAUAUAAUAUAUAGUAUAUCUGUAUAUUUUGUUUAACAGGAUUACGUGCCUUCAGUUGUUUACAUUUUACAAAUGCUUUUUGUAUAUUUUUGUUUAGUUUUAUCAAUUAAUAGUCAUAAUAAAAGUGCAUAAUAA